AUUUGAGUCGCUGUAAAUGAUUUAAUGGUCGGAGCACCGCCAUCAUUCCUGCUUUGGCGGACGGCUUUAAAAUUAAAAUCCAAUUUGAUAUUCGGUUGUCAAACGGCAAAAAGAUUAAACUAAUUAUAAUUAAAUUGAAAGCUCGGAGAGAGAGAGUAUCAGCUUCGGUUUCUUCGAAAGGCACAUGGAUGCUUACAGAACUUGGGGGACACUCUAGCCAAGUACCUGUUUAUUUUAGAGACUUGAAAUUGAACUGCUAAUUUCCAGCGACUAAUAGAGAAAAUAAAUCUCAAUAAAUUAUCAAUUGCAUGAGCAUAGGGUUCAGGAGGUGGUCGAAUUCAUUGGUGAAAAUGGCAGAAGAACUCAAUUCAUCUACAACCACAACUGCCGGAGCAAAACGGUGGUCUUUUUGGCCCUCCCUUCUUCGUUGGAUACCUACAUCUACUGAUCAUAUCAUCGCUGCCGAAAACCGUCUUCUUUCUCUUGUUAGGACUCCUUAUACUCAAGAGCAGGUCAGUAUUGGGUCUGGUCCACCAGGUUCAAAAGUUAGAUGGUUUCGAUCGGUGAGCAAUGAACCAAGAUUUAUCAAUACUGUUACUUUUGAUAGCAAAGAGGGUUCUCCUACUCUUGUUAUGGUCCACGGAUAUGGUGCCUCUCAAGGUUUCUUCUUUCGGAAUUUUGAUGCCCUUGCGAGGCAUUUCAAAGUUAUUGCUAUUGAUCAGCUUGGCUGGGGUGGUUCAAGCAGGCCUGACUUCACAUGCAGAAGUACUGAAGAGACUGAAGAUUGGUUUGUUGAUUCCUUUGAGGAGUGGCGCAAAGCCAAAAACCUUAGCAACUUUAUUUUGCUUGGGCACUCUUUUGGAGGGUAUGUCGCUUCAAAAUAUGCUCUCAAGCAUCCUGAGCAUGUUCAGCAGUUGAUUCUGGUAGGACCAGCUGGAUUUACAUCAGAGAUUGAACAUAUGUCCGAGCGGCUUACCCAGUUUAGAGCAACAUGGAAGGGAGCCGUCUUGAAUCAUCUGUGGGAGUCUAAUUUUACCCCGAUGAAACUUGUCAGAGGCUUAGGCCCAUGGGGUCCAGACCUAGUUCGCAAAUACACUAAUGCUAGAUUUACUGCAUAUUCUAAUGGAGAUAGUUUGACUGAGGAGGAGUCCAGGCUACUCUCAGAUUAUGUAUAUCAUACCUUGGCUGCAAAACCGAGUGGGGAGCUAUGUUUAAAAUAUAUAUUUUCCUUCGGAGCAUUUGCCAAGAGUCCUCUUUUAUACAGGACCGCAGUACGGGACAGACAAUUGGUACAUGACGUGAAUCAGAAGGCCUUUACUAUCUUAACUCACUCAGUCUUUCCACAACAUGUCUAGUUACAGAUCCUCCAGAUCUAAUCCACAGACGUUUAGGACAUCCGAGUUUAUCCAAACUUCAGAAGAUGGUGCCUAGUUUAUCUAGUUUGUCUACAUUAGAUUGUGAGUCGUGUCAACUUGGGAAACAUACCCGAGUCUCCUUUUCGCGUAGUGUUGAGAGUUAUGCAGAGUCUGUCUUCUCCUUAGUUCAUUCUGAUAUAUGGGGUCCUAGUAGAGUCAGUUUAUCCUUGGGAUUUCGUUAUUUUGUUAGUUUCAUUGAUGAU